AUGGCCGAGACUUCCCUUUCGUUAUACCGAAGAUUGCAAGGUCUCUUGCCAUAUGAGUCGCGGAAGUGGGCCCUCGUAUGGUUCUUGUCCGGCUUCCUGGGCGUCGCUACUUUCGCCUGGGCAACGAAUAUGGGGAGAUCUCGUCUACCAGCCUUUCUGAGGAAGAGAGACGGUAUGUGGUGCAAAUCGUUCGGAAUGGGUACAAGACUGACACACUUUGCCCCAGCGACAUCGACCGACCCAGGGCUGCUCGUGAAGGGCACUCGUUUUGAGUCCUAUCGCACUCAGUCUGGAUAUCUCUAUCCCAAGAUCAGGACCUUUUAUCAUGAGCAUCCACAGAAGAAGAAACUGCCUUCAGACCUGCCAUUGCUAGUCUUCAUGCACGGACUUGGUGGCUCUGCGGCUCAGUUCCAACACAUUUUGGCGUCAAUGGUGAAUAUUGCACCGUGUCUGGCGAUUGACCUACCUGGCUGCGGAAGGUCUGACUUCGAGCCAAAGGACGAUCAGGCCUACACGACCACGGCGUUUGCCGAACUUCUUUACGCCGCAAUCGACAGGUUCCGACACAAAGAUGCCAGCCAGAAGAUCGUUCUGAUAGGUCAUAGCAUGGGAUGCUCCAUUGCCGCUCUUCUAGCUUCUUCGAACUCUCCUCUGGCACAUCUGUGCUCUGAGCAUGUACUCGGGAUGAUCGCUAUCUGCCCACGCUCCACGGCCUUGAGUGAACAGGACUUGACUGGUAUCCUACGUCUUAAUAGGAUAUGGUCUCCAAUUCUCGACCUGAUGCGCUUGGUGGACAGGCGUGGUGGUGUCGACAGCGCCAGUGUUCUACGCGUGGUUGGAAAAGAUGCUGAUCAGGAGACUAAGAAGCUGCAGCUGCGUUUUAAUCAGCAGUCACGCUCUGCCGUCUUUCAGAAGGUCUUGAAAGGCGUCUAUCUACAAGAAAGGGCGACUGCAGAGAAAGGCGAAGAAAGCUUACUCGGCCGUCGAGUUUGGAGCGGUCUGAAGAAGCCUCUGUACCUUGUGGCUGCUGAGGGCGAUAAGCUGGCACCUCCCAAAGAAGCUGAGCAGAUCAAUAACUGGCUGAAUCCAGAUGAAGAAAGACACGAUAGCAAGACUGAGGCAUUGACGAACCGCGACACGAGCACCAAGCCGCGCGAAGAAUUGGAAGAAAUCGCGCCCGACCAAUUAGCACCAGUGCAAUCGGCGGGUGCGGAUCCUGGAGAAUCAAAUCUGCCUGCGGUGGCUGGAGAUGCUGAUUUGAUCCAAAAGCGUCUCUCCAAAGACGAUGGGUCCCAAGUUCCCAAGGAGGAACCUAAAGGCACCAAACCUACAGCAGUCACCCAAAAAGAGAUGUCAACGAAACAUGCCUUUGCUCUCAAAACAACGGUCUUCCCAGCGCCCGCUUCUCACGGAUUGCUGUAUGCAACCAGUGACGUGAGGACGUUGUGCGGCUUCAUCGAAAAGUUCCUCGCGAAAUAUGUCGACGACAGACUGUCGCCGGGCUGGCAACUGCAACACCUCACCACGAGUGGCAAAUGGGACGUCAAGAAUCUCGAGAAAUGGCGGAAGAUUGAUCAAUGUUCUGAACCCAUCGGCGGAAUCUUCCGUGUCAUGAAGACCAUGAGGGAAGUGGAUGAGAUCCAUACGCCGAAGGAGUUUGUGAAGAAGUUCGGCUGGAAGGUGAUUCCAGACGGUGUGGCUAUGGUAGUCGACAUCAGCCACGACGUUCCCGUUUACGAUAAACAAGGCUUGGAGAAUGCCGGUGUAGAAUAUCACAAAUUGCCAACGGUGUCCAAACAGCCGCCUACAGAGGACGAAGUGGAGCAGUUCAACGAUUUGAUCGACACCUUGCGACGCAGCACGAAGAUCGCUGGUGCUGGAACGACUCCUCGUCCUACCAUAGGCCUUCAUUGCCACUACGGAUUCAACCGCUCUGGAUACUUCGUCGUCUCUUACCUUGUGCUACGAGAGAAGUGGAAGCUAGAAGAUGCACUGCAAGAAUUCGCGAGCAAACGACCGCCUGGGAUCAAGCACACAUAUUUCAUCGACGAUCUCUAUGCUCGCUACGCGACGAGGAUGGAGCGGCGAAGGACUAUUGUUGGUUAG